AUGAUUGAUGCUUUGAAGCAAUUUUUGGAUGAAGCUUUCAAAAUUAAGGACCUUGGUGUCCUCAAAUACUUCUUAGGCAUUGAAUUAGCUCGGUCCUCAAAGGGACUACAUCUUUGUGAAAGAAAAUACAUUCUGGACAUUCUAGAUGAAACUGGCUUCUUAGAUUGCAAGCCUGCCCCUAGCCCAAUGGUUCCUGAUAUGAAGUUAGCCCAUGGUGAUAGUGCUCCACUAGUAGAUGUGGGUUCCUAUAAAAUAUUAGUAGGGAGAUUGCUCUAUCUCACUGCUACCAGACCUGAUAUUGCUUUUGCAGUUAAGCAGUUGAGCCAAUUCAUUGAUAGUCCUACUCAAAACCACCUUGUUGCAGCACAUAGAGUUCUUCGACUGGGCAACUUGUCCAAAUACAGGAAGUCAGUAUAUGGUUUUUGUAUUUUCUUAUAUGAUUCUCUCAUUUCAUGGAAGUCCAAGAAGCAACCCACAGUUGCAAGGUCAAGUUCAAAGGCAGAAUAUAAUGCCAUUUCUGUUGUUGUUUGUGAACUGCAUUGGUUGCAGUACUUACUAUCUGACUUGAAGGUUGCUCCUUCUAAAUUGGCUACACUAUUCUGUGACAGUAAAUCAGCUAUUGCCAUCUCUGAGAAUCAUGUGUUCAUGAAAGGACUAAACACAUUGAGAUUGAUUGUCAUCUUGUUAGGGAAAAGGUUCUAA